AUGUCCAAAGGCCGUGUCUGUCUUGCCUACUCUGGAGGUCUUGACACCUCUACUAUUCUAAAAUGGCUAAUUAAUGACGGCUACACCGUCGUCUGUUUCCUUGCCAAUGUUGGACAGGAGGAGGAUUGGAAGGCUGUUGAAGAGAAGGCCCUCAAACUUGGAGCCGAGUCUAUGGUCAUUCGAGACCUCCAGGCCCAGUUCGUUAACGAAAUAGUAUUCCGAGCUACACAAUGUAACGCCAUCUAUGAAGACAGAUAUCUUCUAGGAACCAGUCUGGCUCGCCCAAUCAUUGCUCGCGAACAGGUUCGCGUCGCACAGGAGUAUAAGUGCGAUAUACUCAGCCAUGGUUGCACGGGCAAAGGCAAUGACCAAGUUAGAUUUGAGCUUGCCUGGAAAGCACUGGCGCCGAAGGUCAAAAUCAUUGCACCUUGGAGAAUCGAUGCUUUCAUCAACAAGUUCCAAGGCCGGGCAGAUCUCCUCGAAUACGCUCGAGUCAAUGAUAUACCCGUCUCCUCAACCCCCAAGGCCCCGUGGAGCAUGGACGAAAACCUUGUUCACUGUAGUUACGAGGCCGGAAUCCUCGAGGAUCCCAACCAAGAGCCACCAAAGCACCUCUGGAAGAUGACCGUUGAUCCCAUAGAUGCCCCCGACAAGCCGUACCACUUCACUCUCCAAUUCGCUAAGGGUAUUCCUAUUAAACUCACUACUGAGGAUGGUAAGGAGGUGACUGAGCCUGUGGAGCUAUUCAAGCUCCUCAACAAAAUUGGUCAUGACAAUGGUGUUGGAAGAAUUGACAUUGUCGAGAAUCGGUUUAUUGGCUUGAAGAGCAGGGGUUGCUACGAUACUCCCGGCCUCACCAUUCUCCGUCUCGCGCACAUCGAUCUUGAAGGCUUAGUCAUGGACAGCAAAGUCCGAGAACUCCGUGACCAAUUUGUCACCAUCUCAUGGAGUAGACAGCUUUACAAUGGCAUCUCGCCGGAGAGAGAAUUUGUUGAGAAUUCCAUAAUAUUCUCGCAGCAAAACGUGAACGGAACCGUUCGCAUGAUGGCAUAUAAGGGAAAUGCCUACACAAUUGGCCGCAGCAGCGAGACCAGCAACCUCUACAGCGAGGAAGAUGCGUCGAUGGAUUCACUUUCGACGUUCGCACCUGGCGAUACUACUGGGUUUAUCGCCAUCCAGGCCAUCCGCCUUACGAAGUACGGUGAGAGCAAGAUUGCCCAGGGCACUCCUCUUGCCGAAUCGUAA